CCACUCCCUUCCCUGUUUCAGAGCGGGGUCAGGAUGCCGACCAGCGUGGUGAAGGUGAAUGAUAUGGAGGUUUCCACUGAGGGCUCGGACAAGACAGUCAUCAACAUCACCGUCAGCCAGGAGUCUUGGCUUGCCUUCCUGGUCAGGUCCAUGCUCCAGGGAAGGGCCAAGCCUUGGGCACCUGCCAGCCAGGGCCUUGCCAAGGGCUGCUACCGCGGGGAGCAGAAAGUGCUGGGAGCCUGCCAGGUCCUGCUCGGGAUCGUGUGCGGGGCCAUUGGCGUGAUGCUCUGCUUCGCGCCGCACACGCAGGAGCUCUGGUCGGGAUCCCCGUUCUGGACAGGUGCUCUGCUCAUCAUCUCCGGAGUCUUUUGCAUUGUGAGCGAGAAGCGUGGCACCGGCUGCUGCGUCUGGCUAGCCUUGCUGCUCACCCUGGCCAGCGUUGUCUCGGCGACCGUGGCUGUGAUCAUCGGGGCGCGGGAUAUGACAUGGUCUUUCACCUUCACCGAAGGCUCUUACCUGUGUGACUCGCCCUCACCGUUGCCCUCGGGCUCCAAAGAGUUCUGGAGACAGCAGAACUGCAGGCUAGAGUUCAGGAGGUUUGAGGUGAGCAGCCCCCCUGGCGCGGUGACCACAGUGCCCCAGACCCCCCCCAUGCUGCAGCAACGGGACCCCUCUCUGCAGGAGCCAGCAUGGAGCUGGGCGGUCCCUCGCCCCGGUCGGCAGAGCCUUAAACCUCUGCCCUACUUUCAGAGCUGGGCCGAGGCAGUGGGGAGCGAGGAGCCGCUACUGUCCUCUGACUCCAUCCUCCCGCCGGACAAGGAGAAAGCCCAGGUUGGCCAGGAUGUCUGAGCUCCCAGCCAGGCUCCAGCUUCGCUCUGCCGGGUAACCGCUCUGCACAGCCCGCAUCCCUCCCACACCGCCCCGCUUCCCUGUCCUGGCUCUGGAGCAGGGGCAUCCCACUGGUCCCUCUCCUGUACUAACUGUAGCCAUGUACUAGGGCGAGGGUCUUCCCAGGCCCUGCUCUGAAUAGGGCAGCCAGCUGCUUGGAAAUAAACAGUCUCUCAUGAGUGUC